AGCGAAAAGACGAUGCCACAAAUACGUCCAGCCGCUCUACGGAUACAUCUUGCCAGACGUACUCUAAGGCCACCGAGUUUUAGCCCCCUAUAUUCUCCCCUUCGGCGCCAAUUCUCCCAUAAACCGCCGUGUCUCAUUCUCACCUCGAAUCGCACAGUCCUCCGCCCACAACUCCCUUUUCUGCAUCCUUCUGGACAAUCUUUCUAUACUGGCCAGCCGAUAUUACGUUUGUUCUCUAUAACUGCCAACGACAAGAAAUGGGUCAAGGAAACUGCAAAGCUCACGGUCAAAUACACCUUCUACAUAUGGGUUAUCACCACACUUUUCAGUAUCGCGAGCUUGGGCUUCCUGAGCGAACGACAAGAGCGCGCAUUUCCUUCGCCGCAUGAAUGGAGCCUCUAUACGCGCUUCCGGUUUAGAAGAGGGAAAUGGUGGGAGGUCCCGGAGAAUAACGAGGACGAGGGUUUUCCAAACUGGGCUCGCCUUUACGCGGAGUAUCAGCACGCUUUGCGGCGGUUAGAGGAUCCGAAUAAGGACGGGAAGGGCAUCAUCGAGCAAGAAGGAGAACCCAUACCAGGACUGGGAAAAGCGGGCUUUGACCUGACCGAAAAGAGCGAGGAGUGGAGGCAAGGAUACUAUGAGGUUCUCAUGGGCAUGGCACGGGCGUCCGAGCGUUUGGAAGGUUGGGUCUCCGACAAGUGGAGGUGGAAUGCCUGGUCUCCGGAGUUUAUUGAGUCGCCAUCAAAUCCUAGACCAAGAGCCACGCCUCCAGGAAUGCCUCCACCUCCUGCGAAAGAAGAUCAAAUAGCGAUAGCGGACCCGCCAGAGUCAUUCUACCUCAGAGUUCUUACCUCCAAGGGGUUUACAACGUAUCAGCGGGUCUCAGCAGCUCUGGGAUAUGCAGACUGGUUGAGCUUCAAGAAGCUGAAUGAUUCUGCUGAAGAGAUGUACAGAUGGGCCCUCGACAUCGCGAUCUCGGGUCUUCCCACUUCCGAUACGAAAUCGGUCAUCGACCCAGAAACAGCGAUCCUUUCUGCUUCGGCACCCAGAGACGCAAUCACACCUAAUCUCAUAUUCGCUGCCACCAAUAUGGCAACAUUCUAUGCAUCAACAGGGAGAAUCACCUCUGCCCUGCCUAUAUUCAUCUCUGUCCUACGGGCACGUCUUGCUGCAGAACCCGGGCCUGCAUCUCCUCCACAACCUCAGCAGGACUCCAGUUUCAUUGGAACCAUUCUUAGCCUGCUCAAGGAACCGGCUUAUCCACCGCUCCCCCCGACAGGCGACGAACCCCUUCGGCGAAGGCAGGAAGACCGCUGCGAAGAAGCUGCGCUGAAGAACUACAUUGGCGAGAUUCUCUUCGCGACUGCGGGUUCCUCUUCUUCACAGCAAAAGCAGGGACUUGACUGGGUGCGCGAUGGCGUCUCAACAGCAAAAAUCGCUCAAAGCUUCGACGUGAUACAGAAAGACCCUGCACGGAAAAAGAAGUGCGAAACCUGCGAAGAAGUUGGUCUCGAGUCUUGGGGCAAGAUCAUGACUUAUCUCGCUGCUGAGGCGCGGCGGGAGCGUGACGCCGCGAAGUCGGGCGGAAUCACCAACUUGCUCUGGAAAUUGAAGGGCACGGCUGGGCUGGAUAAGAAGGUUGAGGAUCUGGAGGAUGAGGAGGAGGGCGUCACGCUACGGCUUAAUAAGCUGAGGAGUAGGAUGCUCAGGGAAGAGUAUGAGGAGAUGGAUAAGAAGUACUCGAGGAAGUUCGUCUUCUAGUUGUUGUAGGAUAUAGAUAGGUGCUCCUGGCGCAACCAAAUACCCGAUAUUUGUCAUUCGAAG